UGAAAGAAGAGCAAAGUGAAGACAGUGACGAUUCUAGUUUCUUCUUUUUGUUGUCUCUGUUCUGUAGUAUCACUUAUCUGUUGACAGAUCGAGCUUGUCGAAUUCCAAGGUAGUUUAUAACGGGAUUAAUUAUUAGCAAGCUGGCUGCCUCCACUGGAGUACUGAAGUGCAUUUUUGCACAUGAUCUAUUAACCUAACAGAUCUAUCUUAUGCAUGUAACUCUAAGAGUUGCUGGGAAACUGCUAGCUGGGAGGUAGAGAUAGAAAAGGGGAGUGUUAAUACCCUCAAGAACAGUAGUGUGGAUGGACAGUUAUCUCAGGAACAGCUCCCAGAGAGGACUCCUUUCAAAACAGUUGGAUGAAGAUACUGCUAACUCUAGACAAAGAUUAUCGAGCAGUUCCGAACAUGAGAGCUGUAUAAUCCAAAUCGAAUUCAAAAAGCUGGAAAGAGAAGGCUUGGGAUUUGCUUUAGUGGGAGGCAACAAUGGAAGUGUGCUUCAAGUGAAGGCAAUCAGUCCAGGCAGUGUGUCAGAUCUCGAUGGGAGAUUAAAAGUUGGAAACAUUUUGUUAGAGGUAAAUGAUGAUAUUGUGUCUGGCGUAAGUCACAGCAAGGUUGUUGAAAUACUGCGGAAAGCUGAGGGAACUGUGAGGCUCACUAAUUGCAGAAAUAUACUUGCAGGUUCAACAAGUGAAAAUCACACCAUGCAAAGCACUUACACAAACACAGAACCGUUGGUUAAUGACCAUUGUAAAGGACAAGGAGGUCCUGCCAACACAGGUGUAAAACCAAAUUUAAAACCCAUGCAAGCAACAGAAAAAGAAGAAGCUGAGAAAUACUCCAGCUCAGCCGUUUGUGUCCUAGAUAUACUUGGGCCCAGCACAGACAGAAGCUUAGGUCCUCGUUCAUACACGUACCAUGAGACUAGAAUUAAGGAAAAGAAAAACAGUGAUUCAGAUGGGUGGACCAGUGAUGAGGAUCCACCUCAUUCUUCUUUUCAGGAGUUUCUACCAUCUACAGGCAAAAUGAUUGUGUCUGAAGAAGAACUCUCCCGUUUGUCUGUGGUGAAUCCACUCAGAAAUGGGCUGUAUUCUGGAUCCAGUCUCUCUGUCCUUAUUCAAAUUCUUCAGCAGCAGCUUGAUCAACAGCAACCACUUAAGGAGUUUAUGGCCUUGGAACAUUUAAAACCAUUUGACAACUGCCUUGUAGGAAAAGCUCUUGAGAACAGAGACAAAAACAGAUACAGAGACAUCCUGCCUUAUGACAAAACACGGGUCCCUGUUGGGGAAGACCAAGAUUAUAUAAAUGCAAGUUACAUCAAAAUGUCAGUUGGCCCAAAAGAGUACUGUUACAUUUCAUCUCAAGGACCCCUGCCUGGCACAACUGAUGUAUUUUGGCAAAUGGUCUGGGAGAAUAAAUCAGAUGUGAUUGCAAUGAUGACUCAAGAGGUGGAGCAUGGAAAAGUCAAGUGUCAUAAAUACUGGCCUGACCAACUAAACAAGCCAAUGGAGACAAACAAAUACCAACUUAUUCUGGACAAUUAUCAGAUUCAAGACUAUUUUCAAAUUAAAAUCAUUAGAAUGAUUGAAAAGGAAAGUGGAAAUACACACGUGGUGAAACACUUGAAAUUCACGACCUGGCCAGACCACGGCACUCCCAGGUCAUCAGAACACCUCGUAAGGUUCAUUCGCUACAUGAGAUCAGUUCAACGGUCAGGACCUGGAGUUGUUCACUGCAGUGCUGGAAUAGGGAGGUCUGGGGUACUCAUCUGUAUUGACGUUAUACUCAGCCUGAUAGAAAAGGAUUUCAAUAUUAAUGUAAGGGAAAUAUUGAAGGAGAUGCGACAGCAAAGACAUGGAAUGAUACAGACAAGGGAUCAGUACCAGUUCUGUUACAAAGUCUUGGUGGAAGUUCUACAGGGCAUUCUGGAACUUCAUGGUAACCAACGGCAACAGCAAAAACUGUUUUGAUCGGUUUCAACUUUAGUUAUUCCACAGUUAGCAAAGGGCACAUUUUGUAAAUAUGUCUUGAAUUAUUUUUGGAAAUAUAUUGUUUUUGUAAAUUGUAAAUAUUCCUUUACAUAUCUUUCAGUGCACAAUGUGUAACAUGUAAAAAUCUGCACAGCUGAAACCAUGUAUUAAUACAUUGUUAAGCUAGAAUGCAGGCCUUUUAUUCAUCUUGCCUUGCCAGUAUAACAAUGUUGGUGCAGUGAGUGGCUUUUCAGUUCCACAUAUAAUGUGCAUUGUUAUGCAAAUUGUUCUGAAGGUGUAUCAUUCAGUAUUGAGAUAUUCAAUGGGAAUACCAGAACCACUGUGUACAAAAUGAACCAGAAGAUCUAGAGACUUAUGGGUCCAAAUGUUUUUCUGUUUGUGCCUUACAAGAUUCACAAAUGUACUAUGACUCUUGGCAGCCCUUUUUCUGUGUGAUUAUCCUUAAAUCCAGCCAAGAGACUGGUGGUGGACAUGUGUGAAUAAACGCAAUAUACCUUUUAUAGAGAAAGUCGCAGACUGAUGAUGUAAAUGACACAAUGAACUGGAAAACAAAGUGAAAAAAUAGCAAAACUGAAAUCAUUACAAUUACUGCACUUACUUGCUGUUGAUAUUUCCAAGAGUAAAUCAAUUACAGUGUGAGUGAGUCAAAUGAAUCGGUAGGGGCACAGAAACCAGAGUUAAAUAAUCACUGAAGUAACAAAUUAUGAAAAGCAUACGUCAACCAAAAUAGACUGUUGUAUAUUUCUUUUUACAAGACAUUCAAAUUGGACUAGGGAAACAGAGCAACUAACACUGUAAAGGAACUAGCUUUUUUUUUUUUUUCUUACUGUACAACAUUGAAGUUGUAUUCAUUUAAUUUGUAUAACAAAUCAUGGACAAUUUGAAUAAUGAGUGUCUGAUUACUGUACACCGUCUGCUUCCUCUUGUUGUCAC